AACCCACAAUCCUCCACUGUUGCUAACCUCUCACGUUUUCGCUCAGUUUAGACAGCGUAAUUUGCAUAAACGACGAGGAUUUAAAUCGUUUUCCUCUAUGUAAUUAGUCUGUAUUUUAUGAUAUAACAUGCACUUUAAUAUUUUGCAGCCAUAUCUUGAGUAUAUAUUUUAAACGACGUUGUCAAAUAGCUUUAUUAAACUAUUUGGCUACUAGCUUUAGCGGAUAGCUUUCCGAUGCAGCCGUUGUUUUUAGUACGAGUGUAUUACAGCCCCAUCUACAAAAAGGAGUCAUUUUACCAGCCUUCUGUCUGAUGGAAGGGACAAGAUGCUUAGUUUUUUCUGUAUCUUCUUGACAGGUCUGUCAUGUGUCCUGUGGGAUGGAGUUCUGGGUUUUGAUGAAGUGCGGCUAGUUAACGGUGAUGAUAAAUGCUCUGGACGUGUGGAGGUGCUGCGUAAUAACCAAUGGGGGACAGUUUGUGACCACGGCUGGGACUUCAGAGAUGCCCAUGUGGUGUGCCUGCAGCUGGGCUGUGGGUUUGCAGAGUACCCCGUUCAGGGACCCACCUUUGGGUCCGGCUCUGGGGAGAUCUGGCUCAGACAUGUUCAGUGUUCAGGACAUGAGUCCAGUCUGGAACACUGCGCUGUUGUCCUGAAUAGCAACUUCCCGUGCACCCACCAAAACGAUGCAGGGGUCAAAUGCUCAGGCUCUCUUUAUAUGCCCACUCUCACGCUGCUUUCACCCCACACUGUGUUCUCCUCUGGGGAGUCUGUGCGCUUCAGCUGCUAUGUUCUGAUGGGACAGUCCCAUAUCAGUGACUUUUACCUUCAUAAAGAGGGGGUGCCGACCCCGCUGGUGACUCAGAGAGUGGAUCAGGGCCAGUCCCGGGUGGAGCUGACCCUGUUAGAUGUGGAGACCUUUCAACAGGGCAGUUACAGCUGUCGCUACAGUGUCAUGGGCAACUUCCCGCUGCAGCGCUCCCCGCCCAGUAACUCCAUCAACAUCACAGUAGUGGACCUUCUUACCCCUCACCACUGGUACAACACAUCAUUGGAAGCCCCCCCCGGCUCAGUGAUCCGGGGCCACAGUUUUAACAUCACCUGCUCCACGCUGCAGCAGUAUCCUGGAGCCUCUUUUCAGCUGCGCCUGGUCCGCUCCAAUGGGACGCUCCGACACUCUCUUCCAGCCCUCACGCCCUCUGUUACAUUCACCUUCCCCAGUGCUCAGACCUCAGACGAGGGCUACUACUACUGUCUCUACAGGGUCCAGCUCGGGGGCCGCACAUUUGUGUCCAGAGAGAGUCAACCACUGCCCAUAUCUGUCAGAGACCCGGACCCUUUGUUGAGCCCGAUGGUGAUCAGCUGGCUGGUGUCGGGCCUCACGUUUGUUAUAGCCGUCAUCUUCAUUAUAACUGUCGCCAAACUCAUGUGUAACAAACAGAAGCAGCCGUCCGAACUGGAGAGAGAAACUCGAACCUGUGUGGACAACACCUACGUUGCCUUAUCGAUAAACAAGUUAUGACCAGGGAUUGUAUACAAAAGCAGGGUACGUCCGCCUGACUGGACUGGACUCAUUUGGGACCAGUUCUCUGCACAUUUGAAUGAGCCACUGAACACUAUGGAGCUGGAUAUCCUAUUCACUAAGUAUAUACAAAUCAACCAUAGUAUCUAACGUUUAAAAAAGGAGCGCCACAGUGCAUAAGCUGGUUUAGGUUCAUUUUUGUUCAUUUCCACA